UCUUAUACCUAACACAACAUAAAUAAAUAAAAAGUUUUCAUUUCUUUAACGUUUUGGUGCGUUUCAAAAUCUACCGGGUUUUGUUUAUUUUUAUUUAUUUCCAUUUCAAAAGAAUUGUAAUAAUUUUUCUUUUUACAUAAUGAUGAGAUUUAGUUUAUCAACGUUUGGUUAAACUAAAAAAAAAAGUAGUCACCUUUUUUUAUAAUUUACCUCCGACGGAUAAUAUAAAUCAAAGCAACAAACACAAUGACUGAUUCUAAACAACCAGUUGUAUUAAAUGUUGCACCAACUAUAGAUCAGAUCAAUGCUGAUCGUAUAACACAGUUAGCAUCAAAGUAUUGGGCUCCCAAUGUAAAUCCCAAUGAAUACUUACCUUAUAAUCCACAAGUAGUUGAAAAUAUUUACAAUGAAGAAAUCUAUAAGUCAAAUUUUUCGGUCAGACGUAUUAUGAUAUUAGAAUUUAGCCAGUAUUUAGAAAACUAUUUGUGGCCUAAUUAUGUGUCUUCAAAUGCUACAUUUGCACAUACAAUGUCUAUUGUUAUAAUGUUAAAUGAAAAAUUUCGUGAAAGAGUAGCUCCUUGGCAGGCUUUAAAAAACCAUCCUGAUGAAUUUGAUGGUUUUAUUGAUCAAGUAUUAUAUGCCAGUCUUUCUGAUGGUAAAAAUAUUAAGGAACAGAUAGCCCUGGUUGUUUUCUUAAAUCAUUGUUUUCAAUGUAUGGAAACAGAUUUAGUGAGAAACAAAAUGAAGAAACUUGUAUCUAUAUCAAUAUGGUGUAGUUUGCAGGAAAGACGAAGAAUAUUAGAAUUGCGUCAAGUACCAAAAUGGCAAAAGUUAUGGAAUCGAUUACAAAAAAAGGAUAAAGAUUUACUUGUAAAAAAUAAGUUAAAGGCAGAUCUUGAAAGAACAUUUUUACAUAAAUUAUGUAUUAAAUUCAUUAAUAUUUUAGAAGGAAUAUCAGUAGAAGGUGAUUUAUGUGUCAAUCAUUUAAAUUAUUGCGAGAGAUUUUUGGAAUUACUUAUUGAUUUAGAAACAUCUUUGCCUACUAGAAGAUUUUUUCAUGUUGUCUUAGAUGACAUACAUUUGAUAGAUCGAUGUUAUUUAGCAUCAUUAAGUAAACGUGAUGAAGGACACCUUUUUAAACAGUUAUUAGAUAUAUUAAAAUUUUAUUUUCACUUUGAAAUCUGUCAAGCAACUGGUGAUCCAUUAAAAGAAAAUGAAGUGAUGCAAGCACAUUAUGAUAAAAUGACAUCAUUGCAGGCAACAUUAUUUGGAAAAUUCACCAAGCUGAAAGAUUUCUCAUUAUCUAAUAUUAAUGCUGUUGAUAAAUAUGAUUCUCUUAUUAAACAUUUUAAAAAUCUAAGUAAUCAAGAACUUCAAAAUAUUGCUAUGGAACUAAAUUUAAUUCCUGACCAAGAAAAACGUAUGACUGAAAAUUGGUAUCGUUAUGAUUCUGAAUUUUUACUUUCUCUACUGGUAUCACGCCAUGAAGUUAGAGAGUCUCAAUUAAAAGUCCUAAACGGAAUGCCUCUGUAUCCAACUGAAGAUAUUAUUUGGAAUGAAGCUGUAGUGCCUACUGAAUAUUAUAAUGGGAACAAUUGCUUAGCUUUACCAAAAUUGAAUUUACAAUUUUUAACUCUGCAUGAUUACUUGUUACGUAAUUUUCAACUAUUCAGAUUAGAAUCUACAUAUGAGAUUAGACAAGAUAUAGAAGAUUCUAUUACUCGGAUGAACCCAUGUAAAUCUGAAGAUGGAAGUAUUUACUUCAGUGGUUAUUCAAAAAUGGCAUUACCUAUUGAUAAUUUUCUAGUUGUCGAAGUUGCAAAACCGAAUCUUGGUGAUUUACAACCUUCCAGAGUUCGAGCUGAUGUUUCAGUUACUUUAAAUCUUAAGAAAGACGUACAAGAAGAAUGGGAAAACUUACGUAAACAUGAUGUAUGUUUUUUAUUGACUGUUCAACCAAUCCUACCAAUAGGAUCUAGAAUUGAUUAUCAUAAGCCAUUCCUUCAACAAACAUCUCUAGUUUGUGUUAGAGGUUGUGAAAUAGAAGGUAUGUUGGAUAAUAUGGGUCGUGUGAUUGAAGAAGGACCUGAUCCAAGACCAGUUUUACCUGGUCAAAAGCGGACGUAUCGUGUUUGGUUAGACUGUAAUCAAUAUCGUGCUGAUCUUGAUGAUGUUGCUGCUGGGAAAAUUGAUGUUUAUGAAACAUUCAAUGUAUUAAUGCGUAGAAAACCAAAAGAAAAUAAUUUUAAAGCUGUAUUAGAAACUAUUCGUCAUUUGAUGAAUACAGAAUGUGUUGUACCUGAAUGGAUUCAUGAUAUUAUUUUAGGAUAUGGAGAUCCAUCUGCAGCUAGAUAUGAUAAAAUGCAAAAUAGGAUUAAUGUUAUGAAUUUUAACGAUACAUUCUUGGAUGUAGACCACUUGUUGGAAAGUUUUCCAAAUGAUGAAAUUACAUUUAGGGUGAAUAGUGAAACCCUACCACCUUAUCGUAUUCAUUUUCAAGAAUCCUUCAAUUCAUUUGGUAAAAAGUUCAAAAAAGUGAAUGUACAAUCUGUAAAAGCUGUCAACAGAGGACCAUAUAAAUUUAAUCAACCUAAAAAAAAUAUGAUACGCUUUACACCUACUCAAAUUGAAGCAAUAUAUUCUGGUAUGCAGCCUGGAUUAACUGUAGUUGUUGGUCCUCCGGGUACUGGUAAAACUGAUGUAGCUGUACAAAUAAUUUCAAAUUUGUAUCAUAAUUGGAGGAAUGAAAGAACCUUAAUAGUUACACAUUCUAAUCAAGCAUUGAAUCAAUUAUUUGAAAAAAUUAUGGCGUUAGAUAUUGAUGAAAGACAUUUGUUACGUCUUGGUCAUGGUGAAGAAGCACUGGAAACUGACAAGGAUUUUAGUCGGUACGGAAGAGUCAAUUAUGUUUUAGCCAAAAGACUCCAAUUGUUAAACGAAGUACAGCGCUUACAAGACUUAAUGGAUGUAAAAGGUGAUAUGUCAUAUACAUGUGAAACUGCUAUGCACUUUUUUUGGUCCCAUGUGCUCCCUAAAUGGAAUAAAUAUUUAACAAUUUUAAAUCUUGAAGAAAAUUCAGAUUGUGCAAUUUCAAUAAAUAUUGUCAGAGACAACUUUCCAUUUAGUCUUUUCUUUAGUGAUGCUCCUCAACCAUUAUUCAAAUGUCAAAAUUUGGAAGAAGAUAAGGAAAUAGCUAGGGGUUGUUUCAGGUAUAUCAAAAAAAUAUUCAAGCAAUUAGAUGAAUUUCGAGCUUUUGAAUUACUUAGAACCGGUUUAGAUCGUUCUCGAUACUUAUUGGUAAAAGAAGUAAAAAUAAUAGCCAUGACUUGUACUCAUGCAGCAUUGAAGCGUAAGGAACUUAUUGAGCUAGGUUUCAAGUAUGACAACAUAUUAAUGGAAGAAUCUGCUCAGAUUCUUGAAAUAGAAACAUUUAUUCCAUUAUUACUUCAAAACUCUGAUGAUGGGUUUAGCCGUUUAAAACGUUGGAUUAUGAUUGGUGACCAUCAUCAAUUACCUCCAGUUAUUAAAAAUAUGGCUUUCCAAAAGUAUUCCAACAUGGAACAAUCUUUAUUUACUCGCAUGGUCAAUUUAGGGGUUCCUACUGUUGACUUAGAUGCUCAAGGGCGUUCACGACCCAGUUUGAGUAAAUUAUACAACUGGCGUUAUAAUAACUUGGGAAAUCUUGAACAUGUUUUAACUGCUACAGAAUACCAUAAAGCAAAUGCAGGUUUCUUUUAUGAAUAUCAGUUAAUUGAUGUUGGCUUAUUCAAUGGUGUUGGUGAAACGGAACCAAAUCCUCAUUUUAUCCAGAAUCUUGCAGAAGCAGAAUAUUGUGUAUCUGUUUACAUGUAUAUGCGACUUAUUGGUUACCCUGCUAAUAAAAUUACUAUUUUGAGUACAUAUAAUGGACAAAAACACUUGAUCAGGGAAAUAAUAAACAUGCGCUGUGGUUCUAAUCCACUAAUUGGAUGGCCUUACAAAGUGACUACUGUAGACAAGUAUCAAGGUCAACAAAAUGAUUAUGUAUUAUUGUCAUUAGUGAGGACAAAAACUAUUGGUCAUCUUAGAGAUGUUAGGCGUUUAGUUGUUGCUAUGUCAAGAGCAAGACUUGGUCUCUAUGUUUUUGCUAAUGUAUCACUCUUUAACAAUUGUUUUGAGUUGUCACCAACAUUCAAAAUUUUCACAGAACGGCCACUAAAAUUACAUCUUUUACCAGCUGAUUAUUACCCUACAAAUAGGUUACUCAAUAGUACUAUAGAUCGUCAAAGUCAAGUUUUUAUAGUGCAAGAUAUGCCUGAAAUAGCAAAAUAUGUAUUUGAUUAUUAUUUACAACGAGUUCAGGAACUAAAACAAGUACAUCAAGAAAUAAAAUCUACAGAAGACUGGAUUAAACCUGGAGCUGCUGUAACAUUUGUAGAAAAAAAAAUUACCAAGUCUGAUCAUUAUCCAGGAGCAGAAUCGGACUCUGAAAAUAAUGAUAGUGAUGAUGAUGUUAGUAAUAAUGCAAAAUAUGAAAAAACUAUAGAAAUAAAAGCUGAAGAGAAAAUUAUUGGACCUCCAGAAAAUGUUGAAACUCGUAGUGAACAAUUACCAAAAAUAGAUGUAGAUAACCUAAGGACAGCGCCUGAAACUAAUAAAAUGAAUGAUUUGAAAGAAGGAAGUGAAGCAAUGGAAGAAGAUUAAUUUUAUGGUUUUAUUAUAUUUUUAAUCUGUAAUAAUUUUUGUAUAUAAAUUGAAUGCACAUUCUAUACCUUUGA